CACGAACUCAAAUGAACUCUUGAGAUUAUUCACAUAUUUUUCUGUGACUGCCAAUAAUUCGCUAUGUUUUACCGACGCCAAACAGGAUCAACACGACACUUAAAAAAUACAGUAAAGGGUGCAGUUGACGUUGGUAUUUUCUUAGACCUCUAGUAGAGUGUAUUCCCUCCUGUCUCAACUGGCGCUCAUACUCUCGUGCAAAGUGUGUGUGUGAGUGAGUUUGCACAGUGACGCAAGAACCAGCACGGACACAUUGUGUGGAUUUAGCUAUUUGGAAAACGGAAUAUUUGCAUUCUGUCGUUCGCUCUCUUUUUGCCUCCCUUCCUUUCCUCCCAUUGCUCUCUCUCCUCUUGAAAAGUACCGUGCGCGCGCUCAGCAGGCUGCUAUUAAAUGGGCGGACUUGGAGGCGCGAUCCCGUCCACAGCGGCUCUGGUGGGUCACAUAAAAGCGCGCGUCCUACCGACCGACGGACGGAACAAUGUCUACUCUCGACGACACCGGAUCGGACGUGACCGACACCGGGGAUCGGGACCAGCGCGCGUGACCCACAGAGAACCAGCCGCACAGCUUGAAGGAGUUUGAUAGGAAAUCGGGAAACACGUGAGAUCAGCUGAUCCACUGACACCGGCUUCGAUCACAGGCGAGGGGGAGCCCACCGAGUCCAGACACGCAAAGAGCAUGGCCUCCAACUCAGCCAGCAUCUCCUCCGACAAGCGGUUCCUCAUCUUCUUCGACUUUGAUGAGACCAUCGUGGAUGAGACCGGCGACGACGUCGUGGUGCAGACCGCCCCGGGUCAGCACCUCCCGGUCUGGCUGAAGGACACCUACCAACCUGGCCGCUACAACGAGUACAUGCAGCGCGUGCUGGCCUACCUGGCGGAGCAAGGCGUCACCGAGAGCGACAUCCGCACCUCCAUGGAGAAGAUCCCGGCCACCCCCGGCAUGAUCACCCUCUUCCAGUUCCUGCGCACUCGGCCCCCGCAAGACUUCGAGGUGGUGCUGCUGUCCGACUCCAACACCUUCUUCAUCGAGGCCUGGCUCCGACGCGCCGGGGCCCACCCCCUCUUCCACCAGAUCUUCUGCAACCCGGCCACCUUCAACCGGGACGGCCGGCUGGUGCUGCGGCCCUUCCACUCCCACGACUGCAUGCGCUGCCCCAGCAACAUGUGCAAGCAGGUGAUCGUCCGGGAAUAUGUGGCCCGCAGGACGCAGGAGCGGGGCCGCCCGUACCAGCGGGUCUUCUACGUCGGGGACGGAGCCAACGACUUCUGCCCGGUGCUGUCCCUCGGGUCCCGGGACGUGGCUUUCCCGCGGCGGGAUUUCCCCAUGCACCGGCUGAUCACGGAGACCCACGAGGCCAUGCCCGGGGAGUUCAAGGCGGUCACGGUGCCGUGGAUCAGCGGGGAGGAUGUGCUGCAGAGGCUGAGGAAGCUGGUGGCAGAGUAGAGGGUCACGUGGAGACCGAGAGGGGGGGAGGAGAUCAUUACAAGGGGCCAGUUGACAGGAUGUCAAACUCUCAGGUUAAAUAGUCCCACAAAUUAAUGUUAAGGCAAUACAACUAAUUGUAUGUAGAAAUAAACGGUCCAUCUGAAGUCCGGCUUACACGUGCCUUAUCGUCCAGUGUCACGUGUUCAGCUUCUCACGUGUCUUAUAGUUCAGCCUCACGUUUUGGUCCGGGGGUCAUUCUCAGGACAGGCCCAGUCAUCAUCAACAGUUAAAUGAGAAAGGAAAUCGAUUGCAUAUCAGUGCUUUGUUGUAAAGAUUUAGACCUACGGUUAUGCUAUAUCUUUAACGUUUGUAGGUACGGACAGUCUAUUAUAAUAAACAAUAAUACUAAUCUGUAAUUGGAGAUGUUGCAUUUAAAUGUUAUAUUUGGUCAGUAUGGACAUAUGAGUGUUUAGGCCUCUAGCAAUAUUUAAACAUGUUAGAUGUUUAUGCCAACCAAUAAAUGGGGUGCUCUAUAAUAACAAGUGUGUUUAAUUUAUCUGCAUUUUUAUAAUUUUUUAAUUUGUCUAUCAGUCUGUAUCUUUACUGUGUAGGCCAGGCCUACUGAACAAUAUAUUAACACCAGCCGGAAUAAAGCCAUCAACUGAAA